UGUUUCUCCGUCUGUGUGGACUCAAGCUCCAGCUCAUGGUGGAAUAAUGGCACAAAAUGAAACGGAUACCUUUUUGGAAAUACUCAAAUCAUUUAAUCUGGAUGAUAUGAUUCUAGCCUUCUGUUUAUCUGUGCUUGUGGGCCUGCUGCUGGGUGCUUUGAUCUACGUUCUGUUGACCUGGGCGUCCAGGCGCCGGGCUACAGCCAGGAUCACCAGGCGUUCCAAAAAGAAGUCUGGCGCUUCACAAACGAAUGACCCCAUGAGCAGCCAGCUGGGCCUGUACCGCAGCACUUUUCUGAAUGUCUACAGACAGCCCUCUCUCGAGCCUGUGGGUCCCCUGGGGAGUAAACCAGGUGCAGACACAUCCACAUUUCGCCCAAUGCCCAAAAAGAGCAGGCCUGGCCUAGAUAUGGGAGAUGACACCCAGGUGUCUGAGGAUGCAGCGCCUUCAAACUCAUCCGAUUCAGCAUCGCUUGUGUCAAGCAAGAGGCAUUCCUUCUGGCUGGGCAGCAACGGACUUAAAGGCUUUCUACCCUCUCAGAUGCCCCCUCCUGCAUAUGACACUGUAAUCCAUGCCUUUGAUGAGACUUGCACUUGAAAAUGUCCACAUAAAUAUGACAAGAGCUGAAACAGUUCAGUGAAUAACAAUGGCCUUCUGGCUUUGUAUUGUCUUUAAAGGGGCAGCUGUCUGUGCAUGAUUCACUUUGUAGCAGUAUGAAGUGAAGGGGAUGCUUUUAGAGACACGAAGUGCCAGCUCAGCAUUUUUUUUUUAAAGAUAUGAAUAAUGAUUGCAGUUUUUAUAAAUGGCAUAUUUGCACAUCAUUUUCUUGAUCAUUCACAUUUUUUUUUAUAAAAUAUCAGAGAAUGACAAAAUAGUAAGUGCCAUCCUAUUUCAUGUUCAGCGAAUGCUAUAUAUACAUUUAUUAUUACCUAUAAAUGGACACAUAAAGCAUGCUUGCACACUGAGGAGCUGUUUUGCUUUAUCUUGGAAGCGGCCCACUGAUUAAAAUAUGAUCAAAAAUAGUCACUGAUUGAUUUUCUUUCAACUGAUUAAUUGUAACAGGGCCUCUCAUAAUCUGUAAACUACCAGUGGUGGUAAAGCGAGUCUGAGGGCAGAUUUUUCCAUGAGUGUGUGUCCAUAAAAGUCAAUAAAGAAAAAAA